GAGGCUGGCGAGCUGCAACAAGUCGUGCGGGAUGAACCCGGAUGGCAUCAUCUUCGUGUCCGAGGGCAGCAUGGUGAACUUGAGGCUCUAUGGCCACAGCCUGAGCGAGAUCUCUAGCAACCUGAUCUCCUUCACUGAGGUGGACGACGCCGAGACGGUCCACAACUCCACCAACUGCCUGGAGCUCACCAAGGACUUAGUGGUCCAGCGGCUGGUCAACGUGAGCCGCGGGAACACGUCGGGAAUGCUAGUGGUGAUCACCAAGUUCUUGAGGAGGAGCGAGAACAUGAAGCUGUAUGCGCUGUGCACCCGGGCCCGAGUGGACGGGCCCUGGUUCAAAUGGACAGACAAGGACUCCCUGCUCUUCAUGGUGGAGGAGCAUGGGAGGUUUCUGCCUCUCUGGCUGCACAUCCUUCUCGUUUUGGUGCUGUUAGUGCUGUCGGGUAUAUUUUCUGGCCUCAACCUGGGGCUUAUGGCCCUGGACCCGAUGGAGCUGCGCAUCGUGCAGAACUGUGGUACUGAAAAGGAGAGAAGGUACGCCCGCAAGAUAGAGCCCAUCCGGCGCAAGGGCAACUACUUGCUCUGCUCGCUGCUUCUUGGGAAUGUGUUAGUCAACACCUCCCUCACCAUCCUUCUAGACAACCUCAUCGGGUCUGGUAUCAUGGCAGUCGCCUCCUCCACCAUUGGCAUUGUCAUCUUUGGGGAGAUCUUACCUCAAGCCCUGUGCUCCCGACACGGGCUGGCAGUGGGCGCCAACACUAUUGUCCUCACCAAAGUCUUUAUGCUGCUCACCUUUCCUCUGAGUUUCCCCAUUAGCAAACUCCUGGACUUCUUCUUGGGUCAGGAGAUUCGCACUGUUUACAACCGGGAGAAGCUGAUGGAGAUGUUGAAGGUGACAGAGCCCUAUAAUGACCUGGUGAAGGAGGAAUUAAAUAUGAUCCAGGGCGCCCUGGAACUAAGGACCAAAACUGUGGAGGAUAUCAUGACCCAGCUCCACGACUGCUUCAUGAUCCGCAGUGAUGCGAUCCUGGACUUCAACACCAUGUCGGAGAUCAUGGAAAGUGGCUAUACUCGCAUUCCUGUGUUUGAAGACGAGCAAUCCAAUAUCGUAGAUAUCCUUUAUGUCAAAGACUUGGCUUUCGUAGACCCUGAUGACUGCACCCCACUCAAGACUAUCACUCGCUUCUACAACCACCCGGUACAUUUUGUUUUCCAUGACACCAAGCUGGAUGCCAUGCUGGAGGAAUUCAAGAAGGGGAAGUCCCACCUGGCCAUCGUGCAGAAGGUGAACAAUGAAGGGGAGGGCGACCCCUUCUACGAGGUGCUGGGCUUGGUCACGCUGGAGGACGUUAUUGAGGAGAUCAUCAAAUCUGAGAUCCUGGACGAGUCGGACAUGUACACUGAUAAUCGAACCCGGAGACGGGUAUCUGUGAAGAACAAACGUGACUUCUCUGCCUUCAAGGAUGCUGACAAUGAACUCAAAGUGAAAAUCUCACCUCAGCUUCUUCUAGCUGCUCAUCGCUUCCUGGCCACAGAGGUGCCCCAGUUUAGCCCCUCUCUGAUAUCAGAGAAGAUCCUGCUCCGACUGCUCAAAUACCCAGAUGUCAUUCAGGAGCUCAAGUUCGAUGAACACAACAAAUACUACGUUCGUCAUUACCUGUACACCCGGAACAAGUCAGCUGACUACUUCACUCUCAUCCUGCAGGGGAAGGUGGAAGUAGAAGCAGGAAAGGAGAACAUGAAAUUUGAGACGGGUGCCUUCUCGUACUAUGGGACCAUGGCCUUGUCCUCGGCAGCCUCGGGCAGCAACCAGUUUGGGAGCUGCAUUCUGGGCCAGUAUGUGUCUGACUUCAGUGUCCGGGCGCUCACAGACCUGCAGUACAUUAAGAUCACAAGGCAGCAGUACCAGAAUGGGCUGCUGGCCUCCCGCAUGGACAACAGCCCUCAGCUCACCUUGGACGGCUGUGCCACCUGCUCAGAGAACUUUACUGAGAAGUCUGAGCUCCCUGUGGUGGAUGAGACCACAACUCUUCUCAAUGAGCGCAACUCCUUGCUGCACAGAGCCUCCCAGGAGGGCGCCAUCUGACAGGAGGGCCCGGAGACUCCUGCCCACCCUGCGGGGGUCUCCCCAGUGGGCCCACAUGACGUCAGGGAACCUGUUAGGCUAGAAGGGGUGCAGGUAGAUGUCCUGCCUGACUGAGCGACUAGACAUCCCUCCCAGGGGAUCUGUCUGCAGAUGGGGACCUCUUAACAGCUCUGACAUGAUGCCUGCCCAGCCCAGCUAGUGAGCAAAGGCUGUUUUUGUCUUUUUUUUUUUAAAAACAAAACAAAACAAAACAAAACACUGAGAGAACUUUUAAGCUAGGCUCAUUGCUCCUCUUUUUAAAUGUCAUUUUGGGAAGGGAAGACAGGGUUAAGGAACUUUAUGUAUAAAAAAAAAAAGAAAAGAAAAAAAAGAAAAGCAUUUUUUUUUUUCAAGAAACCAUACAAACUUUAAAAGGGGAAAAGGGUUCUUCACCCCAGGAAAUAACAGCCAUAACCUGUUGCUGGCCAAGACCUCUCAGCCUGUGUCUGUCGCUCUAGGAACCACUCUUUUGCAGCAGUGGGGCCUGGAGCCUACAGGAGGGGACUCCUGGGAGGAAGACAGUUCUACCUAGGAAGCAGGGAUCCAAAUGAUACUGACAUCAACUGCCAGGACACAUGCACUGAGGUUGAAAGGUGCUGGGUAACCGACCAGGGACACGAUGGCCCCAGCAGCAGAGAGGAAGACAUCAACUCUUGUCAACUACCGGAUCCAGUGAGCUCCUAAAACUCUGUCCACAGGCUUUCCUGGUGAGUGGGGACUCCGCCGAGAACCACCCCCUGGCUCUCCUCUUCCCCUUUGGACAAUUUUCUCUUGUAAGGGUCUGACUCCAAGAGUGAGGCAUGGUCUUUGGCUCUACGGUUGCUUAUCUGCUUCUUGGCCAUGCCCUCCGUUUUACCAAAGGUCUCCUCUCAGGGGACGGCACCUACAUUAGAAGUGACUUAGCUACUCCUUUUGGUUCCAGGGCUGAAUCUGACUGUAGGUAUAUGAGUUACCCACCCAUAGCUGCAAGAAGAGUCAGGGUUCUGCAGUUCCCCCAGGAAGACUUUUUCCCCAGAUCCCCAUUGUUCUUUCUAUACUCAUCCUUCUAGGGACUGGGGACAGGACACGUUGGAAGUCACCCAAGCUGGGGCAUCACACCCUUGCCUGUAGCUAGCUGAGGAUCAUCUGACCUCACUUGCCCACUUAAGGACCCUCUGCCAUUAGGGUUUCACCUAAUGGCAUGUAGUGGAUAGCCCAGUUCUCUUUGUCUGAGGAUUACCGUAGUGAGAGGGCAAAGCUAAGCUUGGGCUGACGCUGUUGGUACUGCUGAGCAUUGCACACCAUGUGAAAUCCUACUCCAGUGCCACCCUAGGAACCCUAAGUGGAAUCAGACCAUGGGGCAGAGUUCUACAACUUUAUUGUAAGGAGACUUAAGGACCAUGGGCCACAUCUUCCCUUUUGUUAGGAAGAAUAGGAGCUGGGUUGUAAGAUCCAGGCAAGUAAGAACGUGGCCUUUGGUGACAUUUAGUCACUCUUUGUCUUAGCUAGUGGAGUUCUGUCACCCCAAACGCUGCUGUGUAUCCAGAGAAUCCUCACUCCCAGGACCGGGGUGUCUUGUACCGCUGGCCAGUCUGAGGUCUCCCCCACUCACAGAAUUUACUCCUAGAAGCCUGGAGAAGAAGGUGGUUUUCAACUCUAAGGGAAAAGACACCACACCACCGUGUCCUUAAGAAACCCUUAGUUUUCUGUAGGUGCAGCAUGCUCCCAUGUCCCAGCUGUGUUCCCGAGAGACCUAAGUGCCAGGUAGAGCAAACCCACGUGGUG